UAGAAUAUUAAAUCUAGGUCUGGCGUCUCCAGCUAGGUUAUAUUUUAAUAAGAGAAAUAAGCAGGUCUGGCGUCUCCAGCUAGGUUAUAUUUUAAUAAGAGAAAUAAGCAGGUCUGGCGUCUCCAGCUGUUUAUCGACACAGUAAGUAGGAAUUGGGGUACGUCCGUUGCGUUUCACGGUAUCCUAUAACUGGUUGGUUGAUAGGGAUUAAUUAAUCAUUGCGUCAAUGAUCAGAGUCAUUAAAUUAAUAUGGAUUUAUUCGAGCCGAAUUACUUUUCUUUGAUUAUUUUCUAGUGUUAUUUUAUUUGAUUUAAUUUGCUUUCUUAGUUAAUUAAUAUUUCUCUCAAUUUAAGGCGUGGUGGCUACACCAAUUUUAGAUCUUUAGGAAAUUGAUUGCAAUUACCCGUUCUCUGUGGUUCGACCCUGCUUACUACUAACUAUAUUAAUUCUUAGCUAUUGCAGGAAUUAUUUGGUGGGAUACGACGUCCACCAAAUUGGCGCCGUUGCCGGGGAACGGUGUUAAUUAUUUUCUUUUUCCUAUUGAUUUAUUUUCAUUGUUUUUAUUUUAUUUUUCUGUUGUUUUUUUUAGCAAGAUUUUUUUUUAAAAAAAAAGAAAAAAAGUCCAGGUUGAGAAAAGAGUCUAAGGCAAGGAAGCAGCAAAAAUUGUCAGAAUCGAAAAUUGUUCCGUUUGCCCAAACAGAACCGUGUCAUGGUUGAACCCAGUGCUUCUACUGCGGAAGAUGAUCUGUUUGCCCAAACGGAUCCUGAUUCAGAGGCAGAAACAAAAACCGAAGAAGAUCCUAAAUCUAUUUUUAUGACUGUGAUUGAUCCUUUGAUUGAUGAUUUUGUUGCGAAUUUCAGGGAAGAGGAGCUCGAGCAAGUUAUUUUUAGUGUGCUGAAUGACGAGGAUGCCAAAACAGAGGAGAAUGACGCUAUUCGAGAGAUUAUCAUACAGUUGUACUCCAUUGACGAAAUUCCAAUUCGGCACCUAUCGAGCAGGAUGCCCAAAUCUACCAGCUCAGAACCGACUGUUGUGAAGCCAUUGGAGCUAGACUUGAAAGAGGUAGGGUUUGGAUGUCAUUUUGAAGAUUCUGGAGAAUUUGGGGUCAAAUUGGACACUAUGUUAAGUGUGGUGGAGUUAACUGCAAUUCUGGAAAUUGAUGGAGGUUUUGACCUACUCCAAAUUCCCGCCAUUGUUUCCCUCUCAAUUACACCUCCUCCAAAACCCACUCCAGCCAUCUCCACUCGCAUGUCUCCGCCUGAAACACCACUGCCGCCGCGACCCCCUCCAGAACCGCCGCCUUCCGCCUUCUGUCGGCAUCUCCACAAAGCAGCGUGCACGGUGAUGUCCUUCCCUUGUGUUUGAUUUUUCUUCUUGUUUCUCUUUGUUUUGUUUUUUGUCUUGUGUUUUUGUUAGUUUUUUGUGUGCUUCCAUUUUUUAUGCUUUUUCUUGUUUGCUUGAGGGCAAGCAACGUCUAAGUGUGAGGAGGGGGAUAUGUCUUUGUUUUUGUGUGUCUAUGUUGAGUUGUUGUUUUUCUUGCAUGUUAGCCAAAUGAGUGUUAGUUUGUUAGUUUUGUGUACGCAUGCUGCCAAGUUGCACUUUGUGAUGAAGUAGAUGACUUGAUAUUUUUGGAAUCGAAGAAUUGUGAUUUUAUGGAUGAAUCUUUAUUAGAUGAAAAUUGGGAUGACGAAGAAAGGUAAUAAGUGAGUAAAAACCACACAUAAGUGAGAUUUGAGCUUAAUAGAGUAGAGCACUCUCUACUAUAUUUCUUCUUUGAGUGAUUUGAUAUUCAUGAGGUCGUGAUAUUAAGUGAGUCAUAUGUGACAAAUGAUAGAAGGCACUAGGAAAGCCCUUUUGGCCUGCGUUUCAUUGCCUACCCAUACAUUAACCCCUAGUGAGCCAUUUUUGAAGCCUUGACCAUUUUUGUUCUUACUAGUCACUAAAUAUUUAGCCAAGGCCUGUUUUGGACUCUCUCUCUUUGGCCCAGUGAUACAUGUCUAAUUUUGAACUUCAUUCCAUUAAUUACUAGAGAAAGUUAAGCUGUGGUUGCAUGUGCCGUUUGCCCAAACUGUUGUCUUGUGCUAGAUGAUAAGGGUCUGUGAUCCGUUUGGCCAGACAGUGGCAGUGAAUUCAGAUUGGAUUUGGGAAACGAUUUGUGGGGAUAUUUUGUAGAUGAUGAUUGCAUGUUGAUUGGAGAUCUAAAAAAAAAGGGUGCUGCUGAAAAAAAAAAGAGAAAAAAAGAAAGAAAAAAAAGAAAAUAAAAUAAAAGAGAAAAAAGAUGUUGCACCAGUUUGAGUUGAGCAUGUAGUAUCAUUGUUAUUGUUGGAGUUUUUCCCCUAAGUUGGUUGCUUUCUUUCUCUAUGAACUUGAAAUUGUGGAUGAUGAUUUGGAUUAGAUGUGCACACUUUGAUUUUCAUUGCUUGAGCCUAGGAACCCCUUUAGAUCCUUCCAAUCUUAUGAAUGGUCCCUAGCCCCAUUACGCCAAAUGAACAAAGUCCUUUUUGAGUCACUAUUUGACCGCGACAUAUCAUGACUGAGUGGAUUUUUUUCUUGUAUGUGUGAAUGUCCUUAAUUGCAAUUUGAGCGAAUGAGUGAAGUCGUGAGCUGUACUUGCUAUUGCCUGAUUUUGACUAAUUUGAUAAUAGAGAUGUGUACUUGAGAUUCUAAUUUUUCAUUUUGAAGGUUGAGAGUUAUUUAUGAAUUACUUGGUUCAUCUUGGCAGUAUAAGUUACAAACUAGCAAUUGGCAUUUACUUGGCUGUUGUGUUUUCGUGUCUCGCUUCUUAUCUUCCAUCUUUCUUUUUCCUUUUCGUGUGUUUGUGUGUUGAGUCGGGGGAAGAUUGUGUCUGGAUAAUUAUUUUGUACUAUUGAGUCUUUUCUUCACUUCAUACUUGAGGGCAAGUAUGAUUCAAGUGUGAGGAGAUUUGAUGUGUGUGAUUUAGUUGUCUAGAUUCGAGUUAUUUAUCGUGUGAUUUUAUUUGAUAUUACCCAUGUCGUUGGUGUUUUGGCGCAGGAAUUGCGUAGAUGGAGAAUGAAGAUGGCAGAUGUCGGGAGAUGAUGAAAGUCGAGAAUUUUGAUGAAGUUGGCAUGAUUUUGAAGAGAUAAUUAGAGCUGGCCUUGGAGUUAUUUAUUUUAUAUUUAAUGAAGCCUUAAACUCUUGUUUUAUUAAUUUUUUAGGCCUUAUUUUGAUUAGGGGCCGAAGCCCAAUUGUGGGGUGAUUAGGCGGCCUUAUUAAGGGAUUCUUAAUUCCCUAAAUUUGAUCACACCACCCAGCCGCCACUUUUUAGUAUAAUUAGGGGAUUAGGUUGACUUUUGAAAACAACUUUUCCACCUUUUGAUUCUCUUUCAAUU